CACUCUGCCUCUCUCCAUCUCCACUGCUCUCUCUCUCUCUCUCUCUCUCUCUCUCUCUCUCUCUGCAGGGCCCCUGUCAAUCUUUGACUCCAGCAUCCACCAAAGCUUCUUCACCUUAGCUCUCCUUUUUUACUCCUGUCUCUUCUCCCCGGCUGUGAAAACAAUGACCAUGCCGAGCCUCCUUCUCACUUUAUCCGUGUGGCUUCUGGCUGGGAACCUCAUUACGGAGGCGACUUACUACCGGCACCACCGCUACGUCCCCCACUUCUACCGCUACCGGGAGCACUCUGCCAACGCGGAAAACCUCCUCCCUGAGGUCUCCAACCCGGAGCCUGAAGUCCCGCAGCCUGGCGUGCCGACCUACCCCGAGAUCCCCGAGGUGUUCCACCCGGCACCGGAAGUCAUCCACCCCAUACCAGAGGCUUUCCACCCGGUGCCCGAAGUCGUGCAUCCUGCACCUGAGCCUUACCACCUACCUGAGGUUUACCAGCCGGUGCCUGAAGCCUCCUCCCCUGUCAACACGAGCCGGGUUUUCUACGGGAUCAUGUUUGACGCUGGGAGCACAGGCAGCAGGAUCCACAUCUAUAAGUUCAUCCAGAAAGACCCUGUUGAGCUGCCAGUUCUGGACAAUGAAAUGUACCAUGCAGUAAAGCCUGGACUGUCUGCUUAUAAGGACAACCCAGAGGAGGGUGGCAACACCAUCCGACAGUUGCUGAAGAUUGCCAAGAAGACAGUGCCAGAGGAGGACUGGAAGAGGACCCCGGUGGUCCUGAAGGCCACAGCGGGUCUUCGUCUGCUGCCUGAAGACAAGGCCAACGCUCUUUUGAAGGAGGUGCGAGAGGUAUUUGAUGAGUCCCCUUUCUUUGUGCCAAACAACAGUGUUUCAAUCAUGAAUGGAGCAAAAGAAGGAGUCCUCGCCUGGGUCACAGUGAACUUCCUUACAGGUCACUUGUACUCCAACACAAGGAAGACUGUGGGUAUCCUGGAUUUGGGUGGAGGGUCUACACAGAUCACAUUCCUUCCCAGGUCAAAGAGAACGAUUGAGUCUGCUCCCCCCAGUUACAUUGCUAAAUUCAACCUCUUUGACCAGACGUAUCAACUCUACACACACAGCUACCUUGGAAAUGGACUGUACGCGGCUCGACUGGCAACUCUUGGAGCACUAGGAGCUGAUGGUCUAGAUUGGAAAGUCUUCACUAGUUCCUGCCUCCCGAAAAAGUUCAGAGAAGAUGUGACUUUUGGAGGAAUCACCUACAAAGUUAGUGGAAUUCCAGACGGCUAUGCAGGAUAUAAGCUGUGCUACUAUGAGGUUAUGAAGGUCAUCAAAGGAGUAGUGGACCAGCCUUAUGAAGUGAAGGGCAGCAGUGUCUUCUACGCCUUCUCCUACUACUUCGACAGAGCUGUGGAGUCCGGCCUCAUUGAUGGCAGUCGAGGUGGUGCACUUGAAGUCAGGGAUUUUAAGAAGAGAGCAAAGGAAGUGUGCAACAAAAUGACCAAGUACCGUGCUAUCAGCCCCUUCCUCUGCAUGGAUAUGACAUAUAUCACUUGUCUGCUAAAGGAGGGUUUUGGCUUCAAGGACAGCACUGUGCUGCAGCUAGCCAAGAAAGUGAACAACGUGGAGACAAGCUGGGCCCUGGGGGCAACCUUUGACUUCUUCAGAAACCUCAACAUCCACUAAGGACAGCUCGCUGUCACUGCAGCCGGCACUGAGAGGGACAGUCUGUCACUGUGGGGCUUCCCGUCCUCUGUCCAUCCUCGAUCAGCCCGUCCCCUCACAGACACACUUGGUCCCACCAUGCUUCCUCACCCACUACACCCCUCCUCUUUUCCUCAACCUCAGCACCCGGCGAACACUCCGAGAACUGUUGAAAGAAAUAAAUCACUAUAUUUUUAUAAGGCCAGCUAUUUCUACUGUAUGUUGAGCUCAUAACUUGUGGGCUGACUUUAUUUUUGUAAAACGUUUACAUUUUUGAUUCCUCAUGGGUGUCUGAUCUGAAAUGCCUUUCUCACCUACCUGUUAAGUGUGUAGAGGGUAGUUUAGAAGCAAUACAACCAGUCAUGAUAUUUGGUGGUUACUGUGGUCCUGGUGUGCACUGUACAGUACAGUGGAAUAUAUUUAGAGACUAGUUGCUGGAAGUGCAACCAUAAUUGUCUUAAAUGCUUGUAAAUCAAUCUUCUUUUCAUUCCAGCAGUAAAUACUUUUAGAGAACCCUAAUUAAUUUGCCCCUAUCAUUGGAAAAAGAGCUGUUGACAACCAUACAGCUCUUUUUCUUCAACUUUGCACAUAACACUUUAAUUGCAGAUAUUAUAGCUAAGAUGUGAUCAGUUGCUUUGAUGUUGACUAAAGAGUUGUACAUAUUCACCAUGACUGAGGGGGCAAAGAGAGCGCUGAGAGAGAGAGAAAAAGAGAUGCCCCUCACAGGAUGUGUUGUAUAGCGGUUACAUGUGAGGUUAAUGUCUGUAGUUUUAAAGUCCAGCCAUUAUUUUUGUUUUGUCUGAUGUGGAAAAGACUUUAUCAAGCAUAGCUAAAUUGCAGGGGCCCUAGGUCUGAACUCUAUUUUAGACUAGAAAUAGAAAGACCUCUCAUCAAGUGAGAGCAUCUAACAACGUAAUUUACAACCAUUAGAUACAGCAAAAAUUUAAACAGAAAUUAUGAAACCUGACUCCUCCAUUUGUUGCUGUGCCUCAAAAAGAUUGGCAAUAUUGAAUUCUGUUUUUGAAUUCAUUUUUCUUGUGAACUGUACAAAUAUUUAAAUAACUAUCUAAUGUAGAGUAUUUUAAUUAUCCUCAUCCAAUAUUAACUCAUGAACUUUCUGUGUAACUGCUCUUUAAAUCAUGCCUUUGCUGUCUUUUCAGUAUUCAACAAGUUUAA